CCGGAUGGUUUGCGAGCGGAGUUGAGGGGGGCAAACUUUGAAGCCCAGAUGCCUGCGGGGCCGCGCGGCAGAGCGCGGCUGCUCCCGCAGGCACCUGCCGCCGCCCUCCCUCCGGCGCUGCCGCCUUCCGCGGGGGCGGCCGGCCCCGCUGCCGGCGGCCGCCGAAGCGGCGGGCGCUGCGGCCGCGGCUAGGGGCGGGCGGCGGGCCGCGCCCCCAUGCGGGUCCCGGGCUGGGGCGCGCCGGCGGCGGCGGCGGCAGGCGGGAGCCGGGCGGCGGCCGGGCGGUGCUCUCCCGCCGCCUGAGCGGGCGGCGGCGCGGCGGGACGGCGGCGCGGGGUGCCGGGAGCCAUGGGCUAUUGCAGCGGCCGGUGCACGCUGGUGGCGGUGUGCGGCGCGCAGCUGGUUUCUGUGCUCGAGAGGCAGAUAUUUGACUUCCUUGGUUAUCAGUGGGCACCCAUCCUGGCAAAUUUUAUACACAUUAUUAUAGUCAUACUUGGCUUAUUUGGAACCAUCCAGUAUAGACCUCGUUACAUAACAGGAUAUGCUGUCUGGCUGGUCCUUUGGGUUACAUGGAACGUGUUUGUUAUCUGCUUCUAUUUGGAGGCUGGGGACCUUUCAAAGGAAACAGAUCUCAUUCUGACCUUUAAUAUCUCAAUGCAUCGUUCUUGGUGGAUGGAGAAUGGGCCAGGCUGCACCGUGACCUCAGUAACCCCAGCCCCAGACUGGGCACCAGAGGAUCAUCGUUACAUCACAGUCUCCGGGUGUUUUCUUGAAUAUCAGUACAUAGAAGUGGCUCACAGUUCUCUUCAGAUCUUCCUUGCACUGGCGGGCUUCAUCUAUGCCUGUUAUGUGGUGAAAUGUAUUACUGAAGAAGAGGACAGCUUUGAUUUCAUAGGUGGAUUUGACUCUUACGGCUAUCAAGGUCCACAGAAGACAUCUCAUUUACAGCUACAGCCCAUGUAUAUGUCAAAGUAAACAAAGGGGCUUCUCAACAUGGGCUGGAGGACCUGUCAAAGAAACUGUUUCAAGAUGGCCCCCUGGUUCUUCAAAGAGCAAAAAAAGUCCAGUUUUUGUGCUAAAAAAAAAAAAAAAAAAAAGCUGAUU